AUGUCAGUCCCUAUCCCACAGCCUUCGGGCGUGCCCCUCCUAGGCAACAUCUUCGAUAUCGAUCCAAGUAAUACGUGGGAUUCGCUGAGGAAGCUAGCGGAGAAAUACGGAGAAAUAUUCCAGAUCAAGGUCUUGGGUCAUACUAUCGUCUUCGUAGCCGGCGCGGCCAUUGCGGAGGAGUUGUGCGAUGAGCAACGGUUCCGGAAGUAUGUUGGUGGUCCGAUAGUUGAGAUAAGAUAUGCCGUACACGAUGCUCUGUUCACGGCCUUCGACAAUGAACCGAGUUGGGGUAUCGCGCACCGCAUCAUUGCUCCGAAGCUCGAUCCGCGAUCACUCGCAGAACAUUUCAUUGAGAUGCGAGACAUUACUACCGAACUUAUCACAAAGUGGAAAGGGCUCGGCACCGACAACGAGGUAUCCGCUAUCGGCGAAUUGAACAGAUUGAACCUCGAGGUGACGACGUUGACUCUCUUUGGGAAGAAGUUGAACUGUCUCGCCGGGCCUGAGCAUCCAAUGAUAAAAGCGAUGGAGGACUCAACGUCUGAAGCGAUGAAGCGACCUAAUCGUCCCAAGAUAAUGAACUGGCUACUGUACGGCAGCAAGUUCACCAAGGCCACGAAUACGAUGCGAACAUACGCGCAAGAGCUAGUAGACUACCGAAAGACAAAUCCGACAAAUCGGCAGGACCUCCUUGCGACACUACUGACCGCCAAGGAUCCGGUGACGGGCACAUCUCUAACGGACUCACAAGUCAUCGACGAGAUAGUCUCCAUGCCGAUCGGCAGCAGUACGGCACCAGCAAUGAUUAGCACUGCAAUAUACUUCCUCCUGAAGAACCCGCAAGUCGUGACCGAUGCGCGCCAGGAAUUAGAUUCCGUCAUCGGCGACGGCGAGUUUCAAUUCGAGCACCUAGCACAGCUCGAAUACAUCGAGGGAAUCAUGCGUGAAUCCCUUCGACUCUCAUUCGCAGCGCCGGGAUUCAACAUCGAACCUAUACCCAGUGAUAACAAGGCCCCUGUGCAGCUAGCCGGCGGCAAGUACCAAGUCGCACACAAUCAGGCCAUGAUCAUUGUCUUGGCAGGAGUCAACAGAGACCCGACUGUAUUCGACGAACCUCUUGCCUUUAGGCCUGAGCGGAUGAUGGGUAAGGCGUUUGAUGAUCUCCCCUCCGGAGUUAAGAAGUGGUUUGGAAACGGGAAGAGAGUGUGCAUUGGGAGGCACUGGGCUUGGCAGUUCAGUAUGGCUGUAUUAGCAAAGCUAAUCAAGGAGAUUGAUUUUGAGAGCGUUGAUCCGAGUUACGUGUUAGAACAAGACGGUUGGUUUAACUUGAGACCUGUGGGCUUCCAGACAUUUUUCGGCGGCAGCAUCAUCAAAGCUCGGGAAUUGGGAAUUGGGAAUUAUUUCGUGCAAGCAGCAGAAAGGCAGAUCCAGAGCAACACCUACUACCCCAGCCCACCGACGAAGCCGACAACCAUGGGCUCGAGCUCGUCUAAGCCGGAGGCGAGCCAAUCCUCACAUGUCUGGAAGGCAUCCUCACCUAUAGGCAUCUCGCACGAUGUCGUCGAAACCCUCCAGUCGAGUAGCGAAACCGACACCACGCGCGCGCAGACCCUCGAGCUAGCCAUCCAAGCGCGUGUAGCCUCGGAACUCAAGAAGCUCGAGGCGCAGGAGACGGCGGCGCUCAAGGCGGCGCAGGACAAGAUCGCGGAGCUCGCGGACAGCGAGGACGACAGCAAGCAACAGCAGCUCAACCGGCAGGCCGUGUCGAAAGAAGUCGAGGCGCUGCGGGCGCGCCUGGACAAGCGCAAGCAGCUGCGCCCGCUGCCCGAUACCGUCGAGCAGGCCCGCGGCAACGUCGUGCGCUGCCUGCUCGAGAACGACCGCCGCCCGCUGGACUGCUGGCGCGAGGUCGAGGCGUUCAAGGAGGAGGUCCGGAGGCUGGAGAAGGGGUGGGUGGAUAAGGUCGUUUCGUGAAUAGGUGCCGGGGGGCUUUCGGAGUAGAGGAAAAGGAAGAAGAAGAAGAAGAGAAAGAUAUGAAUAGAUAUAUCGCCUCUUCGGACGAUGUCCAUCGCCACGCCCAUUCUCACCUAAUAUACCUAAGGUACCUACGAUAGAUUCUCUGUUGUAACAAUACUCGACACUUAUAGCAUAGCGUUUUAGGAAGCG